AUGACCUCCAAUCAAGGUGACAAGGGUUUCCUUAUCCGCCUCGUCCCAACGUCGAAUCCACAACUGCAACAGCCAAGCCAGCCUCAGCGACCUGCUGCGACUGAGAACAAUAUGCGUCCAGUGAUAUGUCCUGGUAUUCAUAUCUCACAGACAACCUUUCGUACAACGCUGCAACAGCAGCCGCGCCUUUCCCAAGAAACGUACUUGCAAGCUCAACAACUCCUGCCUCCCCCGUUUCAACCACGCGUGCAGCAAGCCUAUCAGCACACCAUGCAGCAACAGUUCCAACAGCCGUUUCAACAGCCCGUUAGCCAGUUUUUUCACAUGCCUUUCGAACAGGGCUUUCCCCGACCGGUUUACAGUCCUCCCAUUUCUCCGUACGUGUGUCAACCCAUGCAACAGCAGUUUGUGCCACAGUUCGCACCACAAAGGAUCCCACACGGGAUGGCUCAUACCAUGGCACAGGUGACGCAGCUUGUUCCACCGCACAUGGAACCAACCGUUCCAUGCGUUCCAAUCUACCGUCAAGUACCUGUCUCCAGUACUGUGCCGGUCUCACUGCAGGGCUUCCCAAGCGGCUUAUCCGUGACGGCCAUUGCGAACGCGGGGCGAGAAUGCAAAAGUAAUAAAGAGCCCACGACUCGACACAGUUGCUGCUGUCUUGGACAGCACAGCCACGACAAAUCUACGGCGCAAGCGGCGAAUUCACCCAUGGCGAGCACUCCCUACGUUUCUCUACCCAACAGUCUGUUUGAAAAUCUAGUGGCGAGAGUGAUAAGUCCCCCUCCACCACAGCCGGCCGGCAACAUCACUCUUGGCGCUACUGUUUCUAUGGGCAAGAAAAACAGAGGAUCCAGCUCGUCACUUCUCACCGAGGCUGAGAAAACCAGGAGUCGUCCACCGAAAGCAAAACGCAAAAAGAAACACAGGACGAAGACGCCUCCCCCUAGCUCUUCAUCAAGCUCAUCCGAGCACAAGAAGAAAGAUAAACCGCCACCGCCACCGCCACCUGGGAAGAAAGGUCUGAACGAAAACGUUCCGUCACCACCGCCACCUGUACCUCCGUCUCCUGGACCGGAGCCGGAGGUUCCAAUUCCACCAGAACCACCAACACCGGUUACCCCAGUUCUGCCUCCACAAGUGUCUCCUGAGGCGCCUACCCCACCACCGCCAGUUUCGCCGCCACCAGUUAUAUCACCGCCGAGGUCGCCCAGGGCCGCUUCCCUGCAGCCGCCAUUUGUGGGGGAAGAAGAGCACGACCACGUCAUAUACCACGAAGAACAACCCCCUGUCAUGCACCCCGUGCCGCUGCCCAACACGGUUAGCCCAGGAGGAUCGGAAGCCCUCAACCGGAAAGAACCGGAAGACAGUUCCACGGCAUGUGUAAUAGUGGUGGUGGUUGUGGUUAUUUGCCUGGGGUUUUGUAUGUUAUGUGUCAUCUUUCCGAGCAUCAUAGAUACUAUUUUUGGACUGCGCCCCAGUAAGGGUACGGUGCGCGGGGGAAGAGACGUGCGAUUUGACAUCUCCGACGCCAUUGACGGCCUUAAAAGGGUAAGGGACGCUAUUCUGAAGUUCCUCCCGCCAACAACGGAAUCUGAUGGUACGAAUGUUGAGGGGGAUUACACUAGGUUUUUCUAG